AUGAAGGCUCUCAUUCUUGUCGGAGGGUUUGGUACCCGUCUCCGUCCGUUGACAUUGACCCUUCCCAAACCCCUGGUGGAAUUUGGGAACCGUCCCAUGAUUUUGCACCAAGUCGAGAGCUUGGCUGCUGCUGGUGUCACGGAUAUUGUCCUGGCUGUUAACUACCGCCCAGAUGUCAUGGUUUCGGCCCUCAAGAAGUAUGAGGAACAAUACAAUGUGAAAAUCGAGUUCUCCGUCGAGUCCGAACCCCUGGGCACUGCCGGUCCCCUGAAGUUAGCGGAAAAGAUUUUGGGCAAGGACGACUCUCCAUUCUUCGUUCUAAACUCCGAUGUCAUCUGCGACUACCCCUUCAAGGAGCUGGCUGAGUUCCAUAAGAAGCAUGGCGAUGAAGGUACCAUUGUUGUUACUAAGGUCGACGAGCCCUCCAAGUAUGGCGUCGUUGUUCACAAGCCCAAUCACCCCUCGCGCAUCGACCGCUUUGUCGAAAAGCCUGUUGAAUUCGUUGGAAACCGCAUCAACGCCGGUAUCUACAUCAUGAACCCUAGUGUGUUGAAUCGCAUUGAGCUGCGCCCGACAUCCAUUGAGCAGGAGACAUUCCCGGCUAUCUGCAAGGACGGACAGCUCCACUCCUUUGACCUGGAGGGUUUCUGGAUGGACGUUGGUCAACCUAAGGACUUCCUCAGCGGCACCUGUCUAUACCUCACUUCUCUCGCCAAGCGCAAUUCGAAGCUGCUCGCACCCAACUCCGAACCCUACGUGUACGGUGGCAAUGUUAUGGUUGACCCCUCCGCCAAGAUUGGCAAGAAUUGCCGCAUUGGUCCCAAUGUAGUCAUUGGUCCCAACGUUGUGGUCGGUGAUGGAGUUCGUCUGCAGCGUUGUGUGCUUCUAGAGAACAGCAAGGUCAAAGACCAUGCCUGGGUUAAGUCAACCAUUGUCGGAUGGAAUAGCUCCGUAGGCAGGUGGGCUCGUUUGGAGAAUGUUACCGUGCUGGGUGACGACGUUACUAUCGCAGACGAAGUCUAUGUUAAUGGUGGAUCCAUCCUUCCUCAUAAGAGCAUCAAGCAGAACGUUGAUGUUCCCGCCAUUAUUAUGUAA